AUGGGACUGGAGCUGUCUGAGCUUCCUGUUUGGGUGGGGUUACAGAGCAAUGACAUUGAUAUUGAAAGUAUCUGUAAUGUCGUGUUUUUGCUUUCAAUCAAGCAAAUAUAUUUAGACAAUGCCAAUACAAGCAGCCUCUCUAUGUCCAGUGUUGAAUUGUGCAUUGGGCUAGAAUAUAUGCAUUUAUCUGGACCUGGAGCCAUCUAUCCUACUCCCCAUUUGAAAUGGAAUUUCAUUUCCAGUCUCAAAAACCUUAAUCAAUUAACAAUAGAUGGCCUGACAGGUAACAUAUUUGAUAUAUGCUCCUGCCAAAAACAACCAAUCACAUGGUUAACAAAACUCACUUUACAGUUGAACAAUCCACAAAUACUUUUUGCAAAACAAUUUAGCUGUCUUGUUAAACUGCAGUACCUGGAUUUAACACAUAAUUUUAUUUCAAACAUUGAAGACUUUGCUUUCCUGGGAUUGACAAAUCUGGAGUCCUUAAACAUUACAAGAAACAACAUAACACAGAUCCAUGCAAACACAUUUUUUGGUUUAAGUAGUUUGACACGUUUAGACCUCAGGAACAAUCCACUUAUUCACAACAUUGAGGCAAUGUCUUUCACACACCUCACGUCUCUAAAACAAGUGUUUCUCGGGCAAGUGCACAAUCCACUAACAGAACCUGUGAUCAAGCUGAAUCUGACACUUAUAUUUGGUGGCAUUCUGAGUCAGCUGAGUCAUCUGUACAUUAGUUCAGCUAUGAGGCCAAUGCAGUUGACUAUCGGCAGUAACAUCACAUCUAAACAGAACCUGAGUCUCCAGCUCAAAGGCCAGACGGUUUCAUUUGAAGACUGUGACAGACCUUUCUUUCAGUCCGUAACCCAUCUUAAUACUGAUGCUGAAGAAUUCCUUUGUGGAUCUGAAUUCAUGGGAAAGUACUUCACGUCUGUGGAGACAUUUGACUACAGAUCUAAGCUUUCAGCUAAAAGUGUUGAUUUAACAUAAAUUAAUCAGCUGAUUCACCUGAGGAAACUGGCUCUAAGACGGGUGGAUCUUUUAAUACAGCGUUCUGCCAACAUCAUUUUUCACAACCUGACCAAACUGGAGGUUCUGGAACUUUAUAACUGCAGGAUUUAUUCUUUGGAGGGGAGUUUAACUAAAGACUUAAAAUCUUUGAAAACAUUGUAUUUGCAUAUCGAGAACAUUUAUAAUGUAUUCUACAGCUUUACUGAACCUCUCUCUAGCCUUAAGUAUUUGAUACUUUUUAAGUUUCAGAUGUUUUGCAGUUGUGACAAUGCUUGGCUCAUUACAUGGGCCAAGGGGUACAGGCAAGUUGAGGUGAUCAUGCUUUCUCCGUAUUCACAUCCAGUUAUGUAUGCUCUGGAGGAUUUGAUAUGCUUGUCGGACAAUGGACUAGACACACCUAAUUUUGUAAAGUACACAGAAGACAACUGCUCAACAGAGGUGGACUUUGUGCUCUUUGCUGCGACUGGUCUGGGAGUCCUGUUCUUCAUGCUGGUGGUG